AUGGCCAUAUUGGACCGAAUCUCCUUGAAUCAGGAUUUGGCGACUCAAAGAAUGGUUGCCCGUGCUGGCGAGGACAGAGGCAGCAGAGAGGAGAGCCUUUCCGAGGAAUCGCCACUUCUGGGGCCACGAAGAAAAUCGACCAUCGGCAAGUCGACAGGGGAGAAUUCGGCGACAUCAGACACAAAUUCUAGAAUCGGCAUCGAAGGGGUGAAAUUUCUGGCCGAUGUGUCGCAGGCUCGGUUCUGGAUCAUCUUCCUCCAGAUCCUCUCAUCGCUCUUCAUCGGGUCCUUUGACGGCACCAUCAUGGCAAGCUCGCACCCGAUGGUGACAUCCUAUUUUUCAGCGGCGAAUUCGGCUUCCUGGCUGUCGACGGCUUUCAUGCUGACGUCGACGACCUUCCAGCCACUUCUUGGGCGUCUCUCGGACGCGGUUGGGCGUAAGCCCAUGUACAUGGGCUGCAUGGUGGUAUUUGUGCUUGCAACGACGCUCUGCGCGCUCGCCGGCAGCAUCGAGGUCUUCAUCUUCGCGAGGGCACUGUGCGGACUGGGCGCCGGCGGGACGACGGCACUGGGGAGCAUCAUCAUCAGCGAUCUUGUGCCCAUCCAGCGUCGAAGCGUGUACCAGUCCUACAUCAACGCCACCUUCGGUCUGAGCUCCGCGCUGGGUGCUGCUCUGGGCGGGACGAUGGCCGAAAGACUGGGGUGGCGGUGGGAGUUUGGCAUCCAGGUCCCGCCGCUGCUCGGCUGCCUAUGCGUCGCUGCCGUGGCAAUGCCGGGGGAUCUGGGCCUGGGCCAGGCCGAGCGGCGGACGAGUGUGCGGAGGGCUUUGCGGGAUUUUGACCUGAAGGGCUCGCUGCUGCUGACGUCGUCUGUUUCUUCCCUCGUGCUGGGCUUGAAUCUGGGCGGCAACGUCCUUCCAUGGAAGCAUGCUGUCGUCAUCACGGCCCUCGGCUUCUUUGCCGUCUGCUUUCCGCUCUUCCUCCUCGUCGAGUCCUGGGCGUCGAAGCCCAUCAUGCCCCUGCAGCUGAUCAGCUGUGCUCCUCGAGCCAACAUCGUAUUCUCCGCCUUCCUCGGAGCGCUGCUCUCCAACUCCAUCUUUUUCAACCUACCGCUCUACUUCCAAGCAGUCCUCCUCACGAGCGCGACGUCCUCUGGCUUGCGCCUUGCCCUCCCUUCGCUCAUCUCGUGCGUAGCUGGCGCGAGCACGGGCAUUGCCAUGAACCGGACGGGCCGUCUGAAGUGGCCUCUGGUCUGCGGCACGGCAUGUUGGCUCCUGGGCUCCGCGUGCCUCCAUUCGCUGCAGCGAGGCCUGCCGUCGGUUCUGCACUACGUCAUUCUCAUCCCUUCGGCCCUCGGGCAAGGAUUUCAGGUUCCGGGCACCUUUAUGGCCACGCUGGCCUGCUCGAGUCAGUCCGAACAAGCCAUCGUCAUCAGCACGCUGAUUCUCUGGCGCAGCCUGGGCACGGUUCUCGGCGUGGCGAUGAGCAGUCUCGUCGUGCAGAACGCCUUGGUGCAUUACUUGGCCUCGUACGUUGCUGGGCCGGACAAGGACCGAGUCGUCGCUCUAGUCCGGUCGUCGGUGGAGGCUGUUGCCAACCUCGAGCAGCCAUAUCGGGAACAGGUGGUCCAGAGCUACGAGGCAGCUCUAAAGCUCCUGUUUGCCUGCUGCAUCGGGCUGGCGACUAUUUCGGUUCUGCUUAUCAUCCCCGUCAAGCUCCCUCGGCUGGCAGGAAAGCAAUGA